UCACGGACCUUUGGGCGCCGCGCUCCCGAGACCGCAGCCGCUGCGGCCUAGGCGCUGGCGUCCCGCGCGCGAACCCUGGUCGGCGGCGCUAUGAGGCGCAACAAGGCCGACGUGGAGCGGUAUAUCGCCUCGGUGCAGGGCUCCGCCCCGUCUCUCCGGGAGAAGUCAAUGAAAGGAUUCUAUUUUGCAAAGCUGUAUUACGAAGCUAAAGAAUAUGAUCUUGCUAAAAAAUAUAUAUCUACAUACAUUAACGUACAAGAAAGGGAUCCCAAAGCUCACAGAUUUCUCGGCCUUCUUUAUGAAGUGGAGGAAAACAUAGAGAAAGCAGUUGAAUGUUACAAGCGUUCAGUGGAAUUAAACCCAACACAAAAAGAUCUUGUGUUGAAGAUUGCAGAAUUGCUCUGUAAAAAUGAUGUUAGUGAUGGAAGAGCUAAAUACUGGGUUGAAAGAGCAGCUAAACUUUUUCCAGGAAGUCCUGCAAUUUAUAAACUAAAGGAACAGCUUUUAGAUUGUAAAGGUGAAGAUGGAUGGAAUAAACUUUUCGACUUGAUUCAGUCAGAACUUUAUGCAAGACCUGAUGAUGUGCACAUGAACAUCCGACUAGUAGAGCUGUAUCGCUCAAACAAUAGACUGAAGGAUGCUGUGGCCCACUGCCACCAGGCAGAGAGAAACAUAGUCUUGCGUUCAAGUUUAGAGUGGAAUUCCUGUGUUGUACAGACCCUUAAGGAAUAUCUGGAAUCUUCACAGUGUUUGGAGUCUGAUAAAAGUAACUGGCGAGCAACCAAUCAGGACUUACUUCUAGCCUAUGCUAACCUUAUGCUUCUCACACUGUCCACGAGAGAUGUGCACGAGAGCAGGGAAUUGUUGGAGAGUUUUGAUAGUGCUCUUCAGUCUGUGAAAUCUUGUGUGGGUGGAAAUGAUGAACUCUCAGCUACUUUCUUCGAAGUGAGAGGACAUUUCUACAUGCAUGCUGGUUCUCUGCUUUUGAAGAUGGGUCAGCAUAGUGACGUGCAGUGGCGAGCGCUCUCUGAGCUGGCUGCGUUGUGCUAUCUCAUAGCCUUUCAGGUUCCAAGACCAAAGAUUAAAUUUAUAAAAGGAGAAGCUGGACAAAAUCUACUGGAAAUGAUGGCCUGUGAUCGUCUGAGCCAAUCAGGGCAUAUGCUGCUAAACUUAAGUCGUGACAAGCAAGACUUUUUAAAAGAGGUUGUAGAAUCCUUUGCCAAUGAAAGUGGGCAGUCUGCUGUAUAUGAUGCUCUGUUUUCUAGUCAGUCACCUAAGGAUAGAUCUUUCCUUGGUAGCGAUGAUAUUGGAAACCUUGAUGUACAAGCACCAGAUCCUGAGGAUUUGGCUCGAUAUGAUGUUGGUGCCAUUCGAGCACAUAAUGGUAGUCUUCAGCACCUCACCUGGCUUGGCUUACAGUGGAGUUCAUUGCCUGCCUUACCUGCGAUUCGAAAAUGGCUAAAACAGCUUUUUCAUCAUUUGCCCCAGGAAACCUCAAGACUUGAAACAAAUGCACCUGAAUCAAUAUGUAUUUUAGAUCUUGAAGUAUUUCUACUUGGAGUAAUAUAUACCAGCCACUUACAAUUAAAGGAGAAGUGUAAUUCUCACUACAGCUUCUAUCAGCCUCUGUGCUUGCCACUUCCUGUGUGUAAACAGCUUUGCACAGAAAGACAGAAAUCUUGGUGGGAUGCAGUUUGUAAUCUAAUCCACAGAAAAGCAAUACCUGGAACCUCAGCAAAAUUGCGACUUCUAGUUCAGCAUGACAUAAACACUCUAAGGGGCCAGGAAAAACAUGGCCUUCAGCCUGCUCUACUUGUGCACUGGGCAAAGUGCCUUCAGAAAACGGGCAGUGGUCUUAAUUCUUUUUACGAUCAACGAGAAUACAUAGGCAGAAGUGUUCAUUACUGGAAGAAGGUUUUGCCAUUGUUGAAGAUACUUAAAAAGAAGAGCAGUAUCCCUGAACCUAUUGACCCUCUGUUUAAACAUUUUCAUAGUGCAGACAUUCAGGCAUCUGAAAUGGGUGAAUAUGAAGAGGAAGCACACAUAACAUGUGCUAUAUUGGAUGCAGUUAAUGGAAAUAUAGACGAUGCUGUGGCUGCUUUUGAAUCUAUUAAUAAUGUCGUUUCUUAUUGGAAUCUUGCAUUGAUUUUUCACAGAAAAGCAGAAGACAUUGAAAAUGAUGCACUUUCUUCUGAAGAACAAGAAGAAUGCAAAAAUUACCUGAGAAAGACCAGAGACUACCUGAUAAAGAUUUUAGAUGACAGUGAUUCAGAUCUCUCAGUGGUUAAGAAAUUGCCCGUGCCCCUGGAAUCUGUAAAAGAGAUGCUUAAUUUAGUCAUGCAGGAGCUCGAUGACUUCAGUGAAGGAGGGCCUCUUUAUAGAAAUGGUUCUUUGCGAAAUGCAGAUUCAGAAAUAAAACAUUCUACACCGUCUCCCACCAAAUACUCUCUAUCACCAAAUAAAAGUUACAAGUAUUCUCCCAAAACACCACCUCCAUGGGCAGAAGAUCAAAAUUCUUUAUUGAAAAUGAUCUGCCAACAAGUAGAGGCCAUUAAGAAAGAAAUGCAGGAGUUGAAACUAAAUAGCGGUAACUCAGGGUCCCCUCAUCGUUGGCCUACAGAGAAUUAUGGACCAGAUUCAGUGCCUGAUGGAUAUCAGGGGUCACAGAAUUUUCAUGGGGCCCCACUAACAGUUGCAACUACUGGCCAUUCAAUGUAUUAUAGUCAGUCACCAGCAUAUAAUUCCCAGUAUCUACUCAGACCAGCAGCUAAUGUUACUCCCACAAAGGGACCAGUUUAUGGCAUGAAUAGGCUUCCACCUCAGCAGCAUAUCUACGCCUACUCACAGCAGAUGCACACACCACCAGUGCAGAGUUCGUCUGCUUGUAUGUUCUCUCAAGAGAUGUAUGGUCCCCCAUUGCGUUUUGAGUCUCCUGCAACAGGAAUUCUAUCACCUAGGGGUGAUGAUUACUUUAAUUACAAUGUUCAACAGACAAGCACAAAUCCACCUUUACCAGAACCAGGUUAUUUUACAAAACCUCCAGUUGCAGCUCAUGCUUCAAGAUCUGCAGAAUCUAAGGGUAUGGAAUUUGGAAAAACCAAUUUUGUCCAGCCUGUGCCAGGUGAAGGCAUGGGGCCAUCUUUGGCAGCACCUGUGCGUACAUCACAGCCAACUCCUUUUAAAUUUAAUUCAAAUUUCAAAUCAAAUGAUGGCGACUUCACAUUUUCCUCACCACAGGUUGUGGCACAGCCCCCUUCUACGACUUACACUAAUAGUGAAAGCCUUUUAGGUCUCCUGACUUCAGACAAACCAUUGCAAGGAGAUAGCUACGGUGGAACAAAAGCUGCUCAGACCAUUGGACCUCGAAAUACAUUCAAUUUUGGAAGCAAAAAUGUGCCUGGAAUUUCAUUUACUGAAAACAUGGGCCCAACUCAGCAAAAGAAUUCUGGUUUUCGACGCAGUGAUGAUAUGUUUACUUUCCACGGUCCAGGGAAAUCAGUGUUUGGAACGCCUGCUGCAGAGCCGGCCAACAAGAGUCAUGAUACUGAUGGGGGUAGUGCGCACGGGGACGAGGACGACGACGGCCCUCACUUUGAGCCGGUGGUGCCUCUUCCCGAUAAGAUUGAAGUGAGAACUGGUGAGGAGGACGAGGAAGAGUUCUUCUGCAAUCGUGCCAAGUUGUAUCGUUUUGAUGCGGGAUCAAGAGAAUGGAAGGAGCGUGGAAUUGGCAACGUAAAGAUACUAAGGCACAAAACCUCCGGUAAAAUCCGCCUACUGAUGAGACGUGAGCAAGUGUUGAAAAUCUGUGCGAAUCACUACAUCAGCCCAGACAUGGCCCUGGCGCCCAACGCCGGCUCGGACAGGUCCUUUGUGUGGUACGCUCUGGACUAUGCAGACGAGUCACCCAAACCAGAACAGCUUGCUAUUAGAUUCAAGACACCCGAGGAGGCAGCACUUUUUAAGUGCAAGUUUGAAGAGGCCCAGAGCAUGUUAAAAGCCUCAGGAGCAAACAGAGCCACAACUUCCAGUCAGUCUACGAGAACUAUAAAAGAACCCACGGGUCAUGACAAGGAUAUUGGCAAAUCUGCUGCCGGAAACAUGAACUUUGAAUUUCAGGUUGCAAAGAAAGAAGGGUCUUGGUGGCAUUGUAACAGCUGCUCAUUAAAGAAUGCCGCAACUGCUGAGAAAUGUGUAUCCUGCCAAAAUCUAAACCCAAGCAGUAAAGAGCUCCUUAGCUCAUCAUUAGUUGAAACUGUUUCCACUCCUAAAUCUGGCUCAGAAAAUACUCCAGAUAGAUUUGCAUUGACUACUCCAAAGAAAGAAGGUCACUGGGAUUGUAGUAUUUGUUUAGUAAGAAAUGAACCCACUGUAUCUAGAUGCAUUGCAUGUCAGAAUACAAAGUCUGCUAACAAAAGUGGAUCUUCAUUUGUUCAGCAGCCUUCCUUUAAAUUUGGCCAGGGAGAUCUUCCUAAAUCUGCCAGCAGUGAUUUCAGAUCUGUUUUUUCAGUAAAGGAAGGACAGUGGGAUUGCAGUGUUUGCUUAGUACAAAAUGAAGGAAGUUCUGCAAAAUGUAUGGCUUGUCAGAAUCCAAGAAAACAGAGUUUUCCUGCUUCUGCUGUCCCAGCACCUGCCUCUUUUAAGUUUGGUGCUUCAGAGACAAGCAAGGCUCCAAAGAGUGGAUUUGAAGGAGUUUUCGCCAAGAAGGAAGGACAGUGGGAUUGCAGUCUGUGCUUAGUGCGAAAUGAGGCAAGUGCAGCAGCGUGUGUGGCUUGUCAGAAUCCACCCACUUCUGCUGCUCCAGCACCUGCGUCUUCAGAGACAAGCAAGGCUCCAAACAGUGGACUUGAAGGGAUGUUCACCAAGAAGGAAGGACAGUGGGAUUGCAGCGUUUGUUUGGUACGAAAUGAAGGAAGUUCUACAAAAUGUGUGGCUUGUCAGAAUCCAAGAAAACAGAGUUUACCUGCUUCUGCUGUCCCAGCACCUGCCUCUUUCAAGUUUGGCACCUCAGAGACAAGCAAGGCUCCAAAGAGUGGUCUAGAAGGGAUAUUCACCAAGAAGGAAGGACAGUGGGAUUGCAGCGUUUGCUUUGUGCGAAAUGAGAGUUCUUCCUUAAAAUGUGUGGCUUGUGAUGUCUCUAAACCAGCCCAUAAACCUGUUGCAGAAGAACCUUCAGCUUUCACUUUGGGCUCAACAACUAAGGCAAAUGACUCUUCUGGAAGUCAGGUGGGAACAGGAUUUAAAAGUAGCUUUUCAGAAAAAGCCUUUAAGUUUGGCAGUGCAGAACAAGGAUUUAAAUUUGGGCGUGUGGAUCAAGAAAAUACACCUUCAUUUACAUUUCAGAGUUCUUCUAAUACAGACUCUAAGUCAACAAAAGAAGGAUUUAGUUUUUCUGUUCCUGUGUCUGCUGACGGGUUUAAAUUUGGCAUUCAGGAGCCGGGAAGUCAGGGGAGGAAGAGUGAAAAGCCCUUUGGAGAUGACGCUGGAUGUCAGGCUCAGGAUGCUGGCGGUCAGAAAGACGGGAGUGCUGUGGUUCUUGGUCAAACUGGCAGCACUUUUACCUUUGCAGAUCUUGCAAAAUCAAAUUCAGGAGAAGGGUUUCAGUUUGGCAAAAAAGACCCCAAUUUCAAGGGCUUUUCGGGUGCUGGAGAGAAGUUAUUCUCCUCACAAAGUAGUAAAAUGGCUGAUAAAGCCGACACUUGUGCUGACCUUGAGAAAGAUGAUGACGCCUAUAAGACUGAGGACAGUGACGAUAUCCAUUUUGAACCAGUCGUCCAGAUGCCUGAGAAAGUGGAGCUUGUCACAGGAGAAGAAGAUGAGAAAGUUCUUUACUCACAGCGGGUAAAAUUGUUUAGGUUUGAUGCUGAGAUAAGUCAGUGGAAAGAAAGGGGUUUGGGGAACUUAAAAAUUCUCAAAAAUGAAGUUAACGGUAAACUGAGAAUGCUGAUGCGGAGAGAGCAGGUGCUGAAGGUGUGUGCCAACCACUGGAUCACCACCACCAUGCACCUGAAGCCCCUCUCCGGGUCGGACAGGGCCUGGAUGUGGUUGGCUAGUGAUUUUUCUGAUGGCGAUGCCAAACUAGAGCAGCUGGCAGCAAAAUUCAAAACACCCGAGCUGGCUGAAGAAUUCAAACAGAAAUUUGAGGAAUGCCAGCGACUUCUGUUAGAUAUUCCACUGCAGACUCCCCAUAAGCUUGUGGAUACUGGCAGAGCUGCCAAGCUAAUCCAGAGGGCGGAAGAGAUGAAGAGCGGAUUAAAAGAUUUCAAGACGUUUUUGACAAAUGAUCAAGCAAAAGUCACUGACGAAGAGAGUAAGAGCUCAGGAGCAGGAGCUGCCAGUGCUGCGGCCGUGAGUGGCAUGCCAAGUCCUGAGGCCGCCGGGCCCACCCUCGAGUGGGACAGCUAUGACCUAAGGGAAGACGCUCUGGACGACAGCGUGAGUAGCAGCUCAGUGCACGCCUCCCCGCUGGCCAGCAGCCCCGUGAGGAAAAAUCUCUUCCGCUUCGGUGAGUCAACCACCGGGUUUAACUUCAGUUUUAAAUCUGCUUUGAGCCCGUCUAAGUCUCCUGCCAAGUUAAAUCAGAGUGGGGCCUCAGUGGGCACGGAUGAAGACUCUGAUGUCACUCAGGAGGAGGAGAGAGAUGGACAGCACUUCGAACCUGUCGUCCCUUUGCCUGAUCUAGUCGAGGUGUCCAGUGGUGAGGAAAAUGAACAAGUUGUUUUUAGUCACAGAGCCAAACUCUAUAGGUAUGAUAAAGAUGCUGGGCAGUGGAAAGAAAGAGGCAUUGGCGACAUAAAGAUUUUACAGAAUUAUGAUAAUAAGCAAGUUCGCAUAGUGAUGAGAAGGGACCAGGUAUUAAAGCUUUGUGCCAACCACAGAAUAACUCCAGACAUGGCUUUGCAAAAUAUGAAAGGGACAGAAAGAGUGUGGGUGUGGACCGCAUGUGAUUUUGCAGACGGAGAAAGAAAAGUAGAGCAUUUAGCUGUCCGUUUUAAACUACAGGAUGUUGCAGACUCGUUUAAGAAAAUAUUUGAUGAAGCAAAACUAGCCCAAGAAAAAGAUUUUUUGAUAACACCUCAUGUUUCUCGUUCGACUACUCCCAGAGAGUCACCAUGCGGCAAAGUCGCCGUAGCUGUGCUAGAGGAAACCACCAGAGAACGGACGGAUUCGGCACAGGGUGAUGAUGUGGCAGGUGCAACCUCAGAAGUUGGCGGGGUGUCUGGCACACCUGAAACAACAACAAAAGCAGUGGUUUCACCUCCAAAGUUUGUAUUUGGUUCUGAGUCUGUUAAAAGCAUUUUUAGCAGUGAAAAGUCAAAACCAUUUGCAUUUGGCAACAGUUCAGCUACCGGGUCUUUGUUUGGAUUUAGUUUUAAUGCACCUUUGAAAAAUAACAGUAGUGAGGCCAGUUCAGCAGCCCAGAGUGGAUCUGAAAAAAGAGCGGAGCCUGGUGGUCACCAAGAGUCGCAGAGCUCUGAUCUCACACCGUCUUCCGACAGCAAAGUCAAAAACCCCUCUCCUGCUUUUCCAAAGGAGCAGUCCUCAACCAGUCACACGUUUAAAACACCAGAAAAGGUGGAAGAGAAGAAAAAGCCUGAAGAUCUUCCCUCAGAUGAUGAUGUUCUCAUUGUGUAUGAGCUGACCCCGACCCCUGAGCAAAAAGCUCUUGCAAGCAAACUUCAGCUUCCUCCCACUUUCUUCUGUUACAAGAACAGGCCAGACUACGUCAGCGAAGAGGAGGAGGAUGAUGAAGAUUUCGACACAGCUGUCAAGAAGCUUAAUGGAAAACUGUAUUUGGAUGACUCAGAAAAACGUAGACCGUUAGAAGAAAAUCUAACAGAUAAUGAGAAAGAAUGUAUUAUUGUUUGGGAAAAGAAACCAACAGUUGAAGAAAAGGCAAAAGCAGAUACGUUAAAGCUUCCACCUACAUUUUUUUGUGGAGUCUGCAGUGACACUGAUGAGGACAAUGGAAGUGGGGAAGACUUUCAAUCGGAGCUUCACAAAGUUCAGGAAGCUCAAAAAUCCCAGAAUGAGGGCAUAACUAGCACGGCUGACAGUGUGUGUACGGAUGGCAGUAAAGUGACUCUACCAUUUUUGUUGGAAAGCAAAACAGUUUCAUUUGGAUUUGGAAGUAGCACAGGGCUGUCAUUUGCAGACUUGGCUUCCAGUAAUUCUGGGGAUUUUGCUUUUGGGUCCAAAGAUAAAAAUUUCCAGUGGGCAAACACUGGAGCAGCUGUGUUCGGAGCACAGUCAACCAGUAAAGUUGGCGAAGAUGAAGAUGGUAGUGAUGAAGAGGUAGUUCAUAAUGAAGAUAUCCAUUUUGAACCAAUAGUGUCAUUACCAGAGGUAGAAGUAAAAUCUGGAGAAGAAGAUGAAGAAAUUUUAUUUAAAGAGAGAGCCAAACUUUACAGGUGGGAUCGAGAGGCCAGUCAGUGGAAGGAGCGUGGGGUUGGAGACAUGAAGAUCCUCUGGCACACGAUGAAGAAUUACUACCGGGUCCUGAUGAGAAGAGACCAGGUGCUCAAAGUGUGUGCAAACCACGUCAUCACCAAAACAAUGGAACUGAAACCCUUGAAUGUUUCCAACAAUGCUUUAGUUUGGACUGCCUCAGAUUAUGCUGAUGGAGAAGCCAAAGUGGAACAGCUUGCAGUGAGAUUUAAAACUAAAGAAAUGGCUGAUGGUUUUAAGAAAAAAUUUGAAGAAUGUCAACAGAAUUUAUUGAAACCCCAGGAAGAACAGGUAUCACCGAGAGCAAAGGAGACAAAUCCUGUGGUGUUUUUUGAUGUUUGCGCAGAUGAUGAGCCUCUGGGACGUAUAACCAUGGAAUUAUUUUCAAACAUUGUUCCUCAAACUGCUGAGAACUUCAGAGCACUGUGCACUGGAGAGAAGGGCUUUGGUUUCAAGAACUCCAUUUUUCACAGAGUGAUUCCAAAUUUUGUUUGCCAAGGGGGAGAUAUCACCAAACACGAUGGAACAGGAGGACGGUCCAUUUAUGGAGAUAAAUUUGAAGAUGAAAAUUUUGAUGUGAAACAUACCAGUCCUGGCUUACUAUCCAUGGCCAAUCGAGGCCAGGAUACCAAUAAUUCUCAAUUUUUCAUAACACUGAAAAAAGCAGAGCAUUUGGACUUUAAGCAUGUAGUAUUUGGGUUUGUUAAAGAUGGCAUGGAUACUGUGAAAAAGAUUGAAUCCUUUGGUUCUCCUGAAGGGUCUGUUAGUCGAAGAAUUGUUAUCACAGAAUGUGGACAGAUAUAAAAUCAUUGUUUUUCAUAGUAGAUUUUACCUGUAUAAACAGUUGAAUUGAAGCCUAGCUGUUAUGACAACAUGGCAAUUAUGUUCAGCUUUUGAAAAUGGACAUUUCCAAUGUAUAAAUAUAAAAUUGCAGCUUAUAGCUGUUGUCACUUUUUAAUGUGUUAUAAUUGACCUUGCAUGGUGUGAAAUAAAAGUUUAAACACUGGUGUAUUUCAGGUGUACUUGUGUUUAUGUACUCCUGACAUAUUUGUAUUAAAAUGGAGUAAUACUAAUCUUGUUAAAAGCAAUAGACCUCCUCAAACUAUUGAAGGAAUAUGAUAUAUGCAAUUUUAGUUUCUUCUAAGAUAUCAGACUUCCUGCAUGGAUAUACUUACUGUUUGGAUAAAGGGACCAUGACUUGGAUAGUUUUUAUUUCAGAUUUGGAAUAUAUUUGGUAAUUUUCACUAUUGGUGUGCUCAUUUAUGAAUAAAGAUUCACUUGUGAGUGGGUAGAGCCAGAGGGUAGAGACUUAACCAAAGUGCUCUUCUAUAAGUUCUUGCACCUCCUGUAUAGCUAUCAGAGUACCUUCUUUCCUUAAAAUGUUAUGUAGCUUCCUGUGCUCUUCCCAAGGUAUUAAUUUUUACAUUUUAAGUAAGUUGAGUAUUUAGACUUUUUAAAAAACCUGUCAUCUGUUUCUACUACCUCAAACUGCAUUUGGUUCUGAUAGAACUUGAAUUUUUCCUUGCAGUUAUUGUGAUAAAGUAUGAGUAUUUUAAAAAGGUCUAUCUAUACCAUGUUCUUUGGUUAAAGAUUUGGUUUAUACUAGAUUGUUGCAGUACCUUUUUCUGGUGAAUUUUGUAGCAAAAAUAAAGUGACAAUUGUUAACAGCCAUGACAUUUAAAAUAUU